UAUGCUUCCACACCAAUGAUGCCAAACAUGAUGCCUACUAUGCCCAUGAUGCAACCCAUGCAACCUAUGAUGAUGCCAACUGCCAUGCCACAAGCCAUGCCUGCUGCAACUCCGGCUGUCAACUCACAGCAAAUGGCUGCUCAGCAGCAGGCCUUUAUCAAUCAACAGGCUCUGCUUCUGGCUCAGCAGAUGACAAUGCAGGCGAUGACACUGUCCCAGAAACAGCAGCAGGAAGAGAUGCGAAAACGCGAGAAAGAGUCAAAGAGACAGUCACCACGUCAGCGGCGGCGCUCUCCUCCACGUGCACGUUCACCUUCACUCUCACCCUCACCCAGACCCCGAAGCCGCCCCCAGGAACAAAGAACCGUUCCUCAGACCCCCAAAAAAGCCCCAGAGGCCCUUCCAAAGCCCCGCGGUCCAGAGGCACAGCCUGAGGCAGAGGUGGAUCUCAGGGCCCCAGAAGAUCAAGGGUCCUUUCAGGAGAAGAGGACUUUUUUUCAAAAGAUGGAAGCACGCCCAAAGUCUGCGCCAAAGGUUGCUAAGCCACUGAUAUACGCCUCUCCGCCGGAGGUGACCCAACCCAAAUCACCUCCACCAGUACAGACUGAAGUGAAACCUCUCCCAGAACCUCCUAACAUCCAAACACCUGAACCAGAAUCUCCAGAACCCACAUCUCCUAAACCAGAACCUACUAGUAACAUUAGAGAGAUCAUCAAGCGGUACCAGAGCCGGCCCUCUCCAGAACCUAAAGCCUUCGAGCCUGUCAGGGUUCCGGCCAAGCACUUUGUAAAGAAAAAUGACCCCAAAGAAGAGGCACUGGCCAUUCUCAAAGCUCAAGGACCUGUCUCUAACCAGAAGAAACAGUGGGAACAGAAGCCUCCUUCACCCCCUCAGCCGCCUGAGUCCCGUGGCCCUCGUGAAAUCUCUAACGAUAUGAGGCAGAAGCAGCGUUCACUAGCUGAUCUCUUCGGCUCGCAGCGUUCACAUGCUUUGCCUCGAGCUCGUGAGCCUAUCCCUCCUCCACCUCCCAACAUCCCCGACCCACCACCAAUGCCUCCUAAUCAGUUCAACAAGAUGGUUGAGGAGGAGAGUGUUCGCUCUCAAUUGCACAGAUUCUCUGCCAGCGUUUACUUUUCGUCCCCCAGUAUGCCUGGCAAACUCUUCCUGCGCAAGGAGCUGUUUUAUCCCAGGGAAAAAUUCAACCACCCAUACAUUCUUAAUUUACUCUGUGAGCAGAUCAUGCGAGACACUUACUCGGAUUCUUGUCUGAGGAUUUCACGUGAGGAAAGGCGUAAAAUGAAAGAUCUUUUGGCAAGCUUCCAUAUCGGAACCAGUAUCAAUUCACUAGAUGACACCCUGAAGAAAAGAAUUGUCAUGGCAGCAAGAGACAACUGGUCCAAUUACUUUGCACGUCUCUUUAAUGUGAAGGUGGGGAAUGGAGGAGAUGCUCAGAUUCUGGGAGUGUCACAUAGAGGAAUCAGACUGCUGAAAGUGGCCAGAGCUUCAGGCAUAAACCCUAAACACCUCAGACUUCUCCACAGCUACAGUUUUUCACAGGUGUUGUCAGUACAGCAACAAGGGGCUGAUAAAGUCGGGAUCUCUUUGAGUAAUGAGGAGUUAGAACUUCACUCUCAACAGGCACCACAGAUCGCUGCUGUGAUUCAUCUCUUCCUCAUGGAGCUGAUUACGAACUCAGACUAUGUGAUUGCUGUGAAAAGCUAUGUGACAGAUGACAGGAGCUUGCUGAGCUUUCACAGAGGCGAUGUCAUCAAAAUUCUCAACAUGGACGGCCUCAAGGACGGAUGGAUGUUUGGUUCCAGUGGAGGCCGUUCUGGACUCUUCCCAGUGGAUGUCACUCAGCCUUGUGCCCCACCAGACUACCACAGCAGCAACAUGGAGCGGCAGCUUGAACGGAAAAAGAGUAUGAGACUCACUGGCUCUUCCCCCAAUGUACCUGCCAAUGGCCCCGUCACCUACACGCCUGUCAAUGGCCCUGUGACCAACAUACCUGCUAAUAGCUUUGUCUCCAACACCCCUGUUGCCCACUCAGUGGCUAGCAGUGUAUACAGUGCUGACGUGGGGUCCAUCCAGAGAUCUGAAUCAGAUCAUCAGCAGUAUAUCAUGACUGAGUUUGCCAGGAAGUUCUUCACAGAUGCUAUCAGCAGACAAAACAAACACAAAAGUCUUAAUGAGAUGGUGGAAUACACUUCAAAUCCUGUUCAGGAACCACUGAUCCUUUUCUCAGACAAUGAUCUCAAUCGUCUUGGUGCUCAAAACUUCAUGGUUUUGAUGCAGUUUAUGAUGGAUCAGCCUAUGAAGAAAAAUCAGACAGAGAGUGACUGUGUUAACUCCAUUUUGCAGUUGGGAAAAGAGAAGGAGUUCCUCAGAGAUGAGAUCUACUGUCAGGUCAUCAAGCAGACCACAAAAAACCCAGUGAAGGAGAACUGUACCCGUGGCUGGCGUUUGUUCAAUCUGGUGACUGGAUUCUUCCCCUGUUCCAACACUCUCCUGCCAUAUUGCACCCGCCACCUGGAGGCCAUCAUUCAGGGUGCCAACCACCCAUUUCAAGAACUGGCAAGUGUGUGCUUGAAGAAUCUCAGACGAUCACUCAGUUUCGGAGGACGCAGACACAUCCCUUCACAUUCAGAGAUGGAGGCCAUUUUGGCUGGGAGGAACUCCCGUCGGCUGCCCAUAAAGCUGCCUGGUGGAAACGAAUUUACCUGCAAGAUUCGCAGCUUUAGUGUCGCAUUUGAGGUGCUACAAGACUUUUGCACUGAGAUGGGCGUCUUAAAUCCAGCAGAAGUGAAGGAAUUCUCCAUCCAUGCCACUAAGAAGGGGGGUGAUGUGACACGACCAAUUCACUCCGAUGAGUAUCUUUUUGACUUCCUGCUGGAUGAUGGCUCCAUCUCCCUCUCCUUUCAUCGAAUAAUCUGGAAACAGCCCUUGCGGUUCAGCAAUGAUCUUUAUCGGGAGUUCCACUACCAGCUGCUUGUGGCUAACUAUCUGGGAGGGAGGCUGUUGCUGCCCACGAACAGUGCUACAAUCUACCAGCAGGUGGCAGAGUUGACCGCUCUUCAACACCUUGCACUUGGGCUGACUGAUCUACCCUCCAACGCUGAGGUAAAGCAGUACCUUCCCCGGAUGGAUCAGCUCAACUCCAAUGACGAAAGACUUCUUGCUACUAUACGGGCACAGUUUUCUACCUUAGGCCCCCUCAGCCUUCUUGAUGCCAAAGUUCGCUUUAUCAAAAGUGUCAGUGUGCUGCCUUUCUUUGGAUUCGAUGUAUUCACUGCUCAGAAAGUAAGUCAUCGCAGCUGCCCCUCUCCCUCUCUGGUCGCAGUCAACCAUGAAGUUAUCAAAAUCCUUGAUCCCAAAUCACAGAACGCAUGUUUGACAAUGUCUAUGGUGGAUGUGCAGUCCUUGCGCUCAAUCCGUCCCAAAAAAGACAAACUGCCAUCAGUUGAGAUCAGCUUUAGUGGCCGAACUCAACCCAGGACUGUCAGCUUCGGUCUAAAGCAGGCGAAAGAGCUGUGCCACACCAUUGCUGUGAUUAUGGAAGAAGUGGUGAAACCCUCCUACAGCAGUUUGUCCAGUCGGUCCGGAACUCCACAUUAAACAACCAACAUAUGCAAACUUCCCCUAAUAUCCCAUGACUUACUCUAAAGUUCAAAUAUGUCUCCUGCCAUAAAAUAUUGCAGUCGUUUUAUUUAAAAAAAAGAUGUACAAAUGUUUAUGUAAGAUCAAGGUUAAUGCUUACAAAAUGUUUAAUUCAAUAUAGACAGUGGUUUUCAGGGCUGUAAAGAUACUGCAGAA